CUUGCUAUCAAGCCGAUUUGAUAAGGCAUGAAAGUUACCACCAAGACUAGAAGCUCCAGAAUGCUGCCAUAUGCUGAUUGGGCAUGGGAUUUCCAGAAAGAUUGGUCCAAAGCAGAACAUGCCAAUUGAACACGGUUUCCUUGAGAAGACCAAUUCAAAGCAAAACCAGUAAACACGGCACUAGCGCACAAUAUUCGGUGCAGAUUGCAAGAGAAACCCCGUAAAACAAAAACAAAAACGCUGCACUGGAAUUGGUUGCUGAAGCAAUUGACUUUGUCAUACCUGAUACUGCACUGUUACUGCUAGUAUAUAAACAUCGGUAGCAUCAAAGCUCACAAGGGCACAGCUGCACACCGCUGCUAUUCCCAUACUCCAACGAUCACAGAUCCACAAUCUACUAAACUAACUAGCACCAUGGUUGCUGAGUGGUCAGUUGGGCUUUUCGACUGCUUUGGGGAUUUCCGCACCUGUUGCUUGACUUUCUGGUGCCCCUGUGUUACCUUUGGUCGUCUUGCUGGGAUUGUGGACAAAGGCUCCCCAUCAUGCUGCAUGAAUGGGACCCUGUAUGUUUGCCUGGCUUGCGUAGGCUGCAACUGGUUGUAUUCUUGUACCAAACGCUCGGUGAUGCGGUCGCAAUACAACUUGAAAGCAUCGCCCUGUAUGGACUGCUGUGUCCACUUCUUCUGUGAGAGUUGCGCGCUAUGCCAAGAGUACAAGGAGAUGGAAAACCGUGGCUUCAACAUGGCCAAAGGAUGGGAAGGUAGCAACAAGAUGGUGGGGUGUGUGCAAGGCAUGAAAGCACCUGGGAAGCAAGGGAUGUGUUUCUAGAACAUGUCUAUAAAAUGAUGCUCUUAGCUCUCCUGUUCUCUGUUAAUUUUCAUUUGAUGAUGUUCUACAACAUUCAAAGGGGAAAUAAAGGCAGGCCUAGUGACUUGCUCCAUUUGGUAAUCAAGUUGUUAAAUCUCCUUUUAUCUGUCCUUGUGAUUUUGAUUCAGUUUUCGUACUUCCAUUUAUGAUCUGUCACUUGAGAAGCAUUAUAUGGUUGUAGACUGUACUGAAGUUAGUGGCCUGUGAACUAAAAUGCAGUGCUCAAGCUGUAAAGCUAUGAAUCUCUUGACUCAAUACUGACUGCCGAACUGGCAUGGGGAAUAAAUAUGGGGCAUCCUGUAUGCUUAAGAUGAUUGAAGAAAAAUAUGAUAACAAAAAACUACACAACAAGCAAGAAAUUUCAAGAAAGAUUGGACAUAUACAGAUGCUCAUAAUUGUGAUGGCAAAAGAAAUCACACGAGAGGUAGUUCAGCCGCAUGAAACAUGAAACGUUGUCCUAAGAAAGAUAUAAACCACAGGGCAAAAAGAAAUCAAACCGGAAUAUGGACCAUGUUGCAUGCAUGGUGUAGUCAUUUUACGUUGACUUCAUGGUACCCUCUAGUCCUGUAGCCAAUCAGUUCGGGCCAGAUCAGCGAAUUCCUCAUCUCAAAACUUUAAGAGCAAGCCCUGGCACACCGAGGGGACUUUACAGUAUAUGAUAUUGGAUCUCCACAUAAUAACUGUGCAAUAUUCGUUAAUUACUUAGCUAUCUGUAGGCUUGGACAGGGAGAAGUUAUGACCAACACUUUUACAAGCUUAUCACCAGGCAUGGUUCCCCCAUUUUAGACCGAGAUCGACAUGGUGAUUAUCAUCAGUAUUUUACUAUCAGGCUGAUUUCAUACAUAAGGAAAACGACGAUACGGCAUGGAAAUUACCACCAAAGCUGGAAGCUCCAAAGUGCUGACAUAUGCUGAUUCAGCAUGGGAUUUCCAAAAGAUUGAUCCAAAGCAGAACAUGCCAAUUGAACAUGGUGUCCUUGGGAAGACCAAUCCAAAGCCAAACCUGUAAACACAGCAUUAGCGAACAACAACCGGUGCAGAUUGCAAGAGAAAACUGAUAAAAACAAGAAAGAAAUUUCUGCACUGGAGUCGGUUGAAUCAAUUGACCUUUUCAUAUCUUCUAACUAGUACUGCACCAUUACUACUAGUAUAUAAACAUUGGUUGCUCACAAAGGCACAGCUGCACACCACGCUAUUCCGAACUCCAUAGGUUACAAAUUCACAAUCUACCAAACUAACUAGUACCAUGGU